GAUGACUUCUGUCCCAGGCUAACCAGAAAGGCCAUGGGCGCUGAAAGAGCCCCCCAGAGCCAGCCAUGCUCCCGGUACCUUCUCGUCCUGGUCUCCAUCUUCCUCAGCCUGGUGGCCUCCCUGGAUUGGAAGACUUCCCACAGCCAGGAUCCCUUUGAAAAAUGUAUGCAUGAUCCUGACUACGAGGUGCUGCUCAAGGUUGUGACCUUGGGCCUCAAUCGGACCUCGAAGCCUCAGAGGGUGAUUGUGGUUGGUGCUGGUGCAGCUGGGCUGGUAGCUGCCAAGGUGCUCAGUGAUGCGGGACACAAGGUCACCAUCCUGGAGGCAGACAAUAGGAUCGGGGGCCGCAUCUUCACCUACCGGGACCGGAAGACGGGCUGGAUUGGGGAGCUGGGAGCCAUGCGCAUGCCCAGCUCGCACAGGAUCCUCCACGAGCUCUGCAAGAGCCUGGGGCUCAACCUGACCAAAUUCACUCAGUACGAUGAGAACACGUGGAUAGAAGUGAACAACCUGAAGCUGCGGAACUAUGUGGUGGAGAAGAUGCCUGAGAAGCUGGGCUACAAACUGCACCCCAGGGAGAAGGGCCAUUCACCCGAAGAAAUCUACCAGAUGGCUCUCAACCGGGCCCUCAAGGAUCUCAAGACACUGGGUUGCAGAAAGGCAAUGAAGAAGUUUGAAAGGCACACGCUCCUGGAAUACCUCCUCGGGGAGGGGAACCUGAGCCAGCCGGCCGUGCGGCUCCUGGGAGACGUGAUGUCCAAGGACGGCUUCUUCUAUCUCAGCUUCGCCGAGGCCCUAAGGGCCCACAGCUGCCUCAGCGACCGGCUCCGGUACAGCCGCAUCGUGGGCGGCUGGGACCUGCUGCCGCGCGCGCUGCUGAGCUCGCUGUCCGGGCCGGUGCUGCUGCACGCGCCCGUCGUGGCGAUAACGCAGGGGACGCACGAUGUGCACGUGCACAUCGCCAGCUCGCGCAGGGCCCGGAGUCUGAAGGCCAUGACCGCCGACGUGGUGCUGCUGACGGCGAGCGGGCCGGCGCUGCAGCGCAUUACCUUCUCGCCGCCGCUGUCGCGCAGGCGGCAGGAGGCGCUGCGCGCUCUGCACUACGUGCCGGCCACCAAGGUGUUCCUGAGCUUCCGCCGGCCCUUCUGGCACGACGAGCACAUCGAGGGCGGCCACUCGAGCACCAACCGCCCGUCGCGCGUGAUAUUCUACCCGCCGCCUGGCGAGGGCGCGCUGCUGCUAGCCUCGUACACGUGGUCGGACGCUGCGGCCUCGUUCGCCGGCCUGAGCCCGGAAGACGCUAUGCGCGUGGCGCUCGACGACGUGGCGGCGCUGCACGGGCCCACCGUGUACCGGCUGUGGGACGGCAGCGGCAUCGUCAAACGCUGGGCCGAGGACCCGCAUAGCCAGGGCGGCUUCGUGGUGCAGCCGCCGCUGCUCUGGCGUGAAGACAAGGAAGAGGGGCCGGACUACGACUGGGCGGUCCCCUACGGCCGCAUCUACUUCGCGGGUGAGCACACGGCCUACCCGCACGGCUGGGUGGAGACCGCUGUCAAGUCGGCGCUGCGUGCGGCGGUGUUGAUCAACAGCCGAGAGGAGCACAUGUGGGUCGGCAGCGACACCGAGGAUGGGGUUGUGCGCCUGGCGCCCAGCCGUCCCCGCUGCGAGUUCGAAGAGGGUGAUGUCACCCCCUCCACGGCUGCACAAAGGAUAACCGCUCAGCACACCACCCACAAGAGCCCCGAGCAUUAAAAGUAUUUUCAG